AUGCCAGCAGGUCGCCCAGUUAUUUACACAACUCCAGAGGCUAAGUGUGCAGCUGAACGUGAAAAAUGCCACAACUAUUAUGCUAGGAAUAAAGUCAGUAUCAAUUUGAAAUGUCAGCUUGCUGCAUGUUGUACACCCACAACCCGCCAAGCAGACUCGCAGGCUACUGAUUCACUUGGGUCAGGUGUUUUGCAUGAUCUCUCUCCUGCGCCUGAUACACUCUCAGAUUGUUUAGGGAUCGUAAGAGAGGCCAAGGAUGAGCUAAUCACUCUUGCUGCAACACCUGUUGCAUACGUGGAACAUAUUCUCCGCCAAUAUGUUGCAUCAGUCUCAAAUGACUCCGAUGGUGAAGCACUGACCGACAGGAGAGAUGGUGGAGAUAUUUCUAUAAUCAAGGACGCCAUUCAGACUAUCGAAAACAUUCACAAGAAGGCACACCAUGGUCAAGACAAGAUUUGGGACAUGUGUGGAGUUUGUGACGAGUGGAGGGCUGCCGAUGAAGUAUGUCGCGCCAUUCGUCGUCUGUUGGAAUAUUUGCAGGAUAUCCUGUGGCAUCUUGAGCUAAGCUAUGGCGAGCUUGCCUGCGCCUUUGUGGCCAAAGAGUUGAUGUAUCAGAAUGAUGAUACCCUGUACUAG